UACUGAAACUGCUAAUUAUAUAUGCAGGCUGGAGUUCUAACUGAACGCUGCUAUGGCUGUGGCCACUGCAUUCCAGUUUGCCCAUUCGAUAAAAUAAGUGUGAGUACAUAUAUAAGAGAUGCAAUUGCAACCUCUGAACUUCUCAAAAGAAAUGAUGUUGAUGCUAUAGAGAUUCAUACAAGUGGAAGGUACAGUUCCUUGAUCAUUAAAGCAGAUUGCUCCAUUUAAAGAACUUUGGGACGGUUUGGGAGAUUCAAUCAAACAUCUCAGACUGGCAGCAGUUAGUUUACCUGAUCUUGGAGAGUCAAGUGUAUCAACAAUGAAGGCAAUGUACUCAAUUAUGGAACCGGAUUUGGGCUGCUUCAAUUUAUGGCAGGUGUGCUUCCUAUUUACUAAUAUGUAUGGUCUAAGUAUUAUCACACGAUAUAAUCAAACAAAAGUAAUUUUGUUUUGUGUCAUUUUACCUUUAUGAACUACCACUAAUCUGAAGUUGGAUGUUCGCCCCAUGAGCGGAGAUAUUGGUCGAGGUGCCACAAGAGAAUCAAUUGCUUUUCCUCUUCGUUUGGCUGCUAUAAAAGAAAGGCCUCAUGGUUUUCUUCAAUUAGCCAGUGGCACCAAUGCUCACACAGUUGAUGGGUUGAGGAAAGUCGGACUCUUUCAAGCAACAUCCUUUACAAAUACCUCGAGGGAUGAGAACUCAACCGCUAUGAUUGGAGGUGUUGCUUAUGGUGGCUACGCACGAAAGAUUGUUGGAAGAAUCCUGAGUUUUAUGCAAUCGCAAAAUGGCAUUACUGGGAUUGAGGAUUAUCCAGAGGACCUCCUUCAAGCACUUAAUGAGGCCCUGGCUUUAGUUGGAAAACACAAUCUCACCAGUCGAUGCAGUAGAACGAACUAUCACCAAACCUGAGUUCUAUGCAAUCGCAACAUGGCAUUACUUGAGGAUCAUCCAGAGUAGCUUACAGGAGAACUUUGACGCCCUAGGUUUAGUUGGAUGUGUUAAAUCUUACCAGUCGAUGCAGUAGAACUAUCACCAAAUUUGGAGGCAUGGCAAGCACAGAGGUUUCUGCGCAACCAUAAACAUUGUAUAUAUUUGGUAGGGUGCGCCAAACCUUGCAGUAGUGCAACACAAGGAUGACACUUGCGAGACCCAAUAGCAAGCUAUUGUGGUGGACUCACCCCUUUAAAAAAUUAAUUUAAUAUCGUGUGGACACUUGGCCCACAUAUCAGAUAUUAAACUGAUAAGAACAGAUACUACACUUGAUCUUAGCCAAAAGGCCGAGAAAGGUAUGAUUAAUUUGAUCAA